AAUCACUAGUCUUCAAGACAGUUUUCCCAAUCAUUGAUCAUGACACAGUCGAUUUGCUACCCUUUGCUCAUUGUUGUAAGGUUUUUGCAGUAAAUUUGUUGCCAAGAUAAUUAAGUGGAUACUGGCAGAUGGUUGGAACUCUGACUAUAGGCAAACAGUACAUGUUUAGUAUUGUGGAACUGAUUCUCAAGACUACCAAGAAUAAGUCUACUGUACAAUAUUGAUCAUGGCCAACAGAAGUUAAGAUUUUCUUGUUUUUUUCUUGUCAACUUUGUUGGGUUUUAUACUGUGAGUUAUUUACUUCCAUGCAUGGCAACUAAAAAAUUCAAGCCCAAGAGUGAAAACAGAGUUGUAACUCUAGCUAAGCCCAUGACAACACAUGAGAAGGUGUAUCGAAUGUUGAAGACACCACAAACUCCACACUCUCCAUCUCCUGCUGAUGAUAAGAUACAUGCGCUUGCAUUUUCAUCAUUUUCUAAAGAAGCCAGACAGCUUUCGGAGACUUCUGCGUUGUCUAGAUCACCAUCAUUGCUAACAGGUCGCAAUGGAAGUGCUAGACCUUCUAGUCUUGAGGUGAAUCCAUCUAUUGCAGAUACAACUCUUGCCUUGGUAGAAGCAGCAGAGAAAGGCAGUUUAAAUGAAGUACAUAAUCUCUUGGUCGGAACAUACUUUGAUGCUGAUUACAAAAGGGAUGAAGAUUUUCGAACAGCUCUUCAGAGAGCCUGCCAGUAUGGCCAUACUAAAGUAGUUGAAGAGCUUUUGAAGGCAGGCGCAGACCCGAACUAUACACUGAGGUCAGGAAAGACAUUGUUGCAUGAAGCCUGUGUUUUAGGCCAUUAUCAUAUAGUAUUGCUACUUUUGGACUUUGUUGAAGAUGUUGAUAGCAUUGAUAAGGAAGGUCAAAAUGCAUGCCACACAGCAGCUUAUCAUGGAGAGAAUGAGUGCCUCACUUUGCUAGCUGACAAAGGAGCUGACUGUACACUUGCUGACAAUAGAGGGCGGUCACCAGCUCACCUGGCAGCGCAGAAAAACCAUCCCAAAAUCCUGGAGAGCUUAGCUGAACGAGGUGUUGAUAUUGAAAGUGGUGACAAGAAUGGAAAACGACCAGUACAUUAUGCUGCAAUGCAUGGCGGUUUAGAGUGUCUGGUAAAAUUACUACAGUGUGACUGUGAUACAUCAAUCCGCGACCAUUCAGGUUGCAUGGCGGCUCACUAUGCCGCAGCUUAUAACCACAUUGAAUGCCUGCGUUUUUUAGUAAAGCAUGGUGCUGCCUUCAGCAGCUUGGAUUCAUCAGGAAAAACAUUAGCCCAUAGUGCUGCUCAGAAUGGGGCCAUGACAUCCCUUCAUUGGCUACUUGAAAAAGGUGCAGAGACAAAUGAUCAAGAUGGCAAUGGUAAUACACUGGGACACCUUGCAGCUGCAGGUGGACAUGCAAAGUGUUUCAACUGCUACCUCCAACAUGGUGGUAGUUUAGAAUUAACCAAUAAACGAAAUGAAACAGUGUUGGACAUUGCAAGGAGAUUUGGACAUCCACUGCUUAUGAACAGGGCCUGUAAGUUUGUAAAUAGUACUUACUCCCAUUAUUUUUUCUAUUACCUUUCACAUCCAACGGCUUAA